CGUUAGGCUCCCGAUGAACCUUCCGUGCAGUGUUUCUCUUCCUCCCUGCUCAACCUUCUCUUCCUGAAGGGUGAACUGCUGAAAGCUCGAACUGUUUAUGCUUUCUCUGAUAUUCUUCUUCCCUAUCAAAUUGUUCCUCAAGAUCAGGGGUUUCAAGAUGUCUCUUUCUAGUUGACUAAAGGAUUAAAUUUGAAACCUUCAAGCUGAAGAAAGUAGACAGUGUAAGAUGUACCCUUGGUAUUCAACCUUAAAUGAGAGUGUAGUGUACCUAAUCCAGGGUCCCAGACUUGCUCCUUAAGAAAAAUGCUUUAGGAUGAAUGGAAAUGGAGUGGUUGGGAUACUCUCCGAGUCAUGUAACAUAUGGGAAAGGAGAGCACCUCUUACUCCAUCGCACUGUGCCCGACUUCUCUGUGGUGGUACAACCAGAAGUGGAGCCAGUCGCAUAAUUGUACAACCAUGCACGAAGCGCAUCUAUCAUGAUUCCCAGUAUGAGGACAUAGGUUGUGAAAUCUCUGAUGAUUUGUCAGAAUGUGGCCUUAUACUGGGUGUAAAGCAGCCUAAGUUGGAGAUGAUCUUACCUGAUAGAGCAUAUGCAUUUUUCUCCCAUACACACAAAGCUCAGAAAGAAAAUAUGCCUUUGUUAGACAAGAUUCUUACAGAGCGGGUUACAUUAUUUGAUUAUGAGCUUAUUGUGGGUGAAAAUGGGAAAAGGUUGUUAGCAUUUGGCAAGUAUGCUGGAAGAGCAGGAAUGAUAGACUUUUUAAGUGGACUUGGAAAAAGAUAUUUGAAUCUUGGAUAUUCAACACCUUUCCUUUCCCUCGGAGCAUCUUACACUUAUCCUACCUUAUCUGCUGCUAAGGCUGCAAUUAUUGCUGUUGGUGAAGAAAUUGCAACAUUUGGACUGCCAUCUGCUGUCACUCCUAUAGUCUUUGUUUUUACAGGCUCUGGCAAUGUUUCUCAAGGGGCACAAGAAAUUUUUAAUCUGUUACCUCAUUCAUAUGUGGAUCCGUGCCAGCUUCCAGAGGUUGUUGAAAUGGACAAAAAGACUAGACUGCAUGCAUCAAGGGGAAGCUUCCAAUUGUAUGGAUGUGUUGUAACCUGUAAAGAUAUUGUUGCACCCAAGGACACAUCAAAAUCUUUCAACAAGGUUGAUUAUUAUUCACAUCCAGACAACUACAAUCCUAUUUUCCAUGAAACCAUAGCUCCUUAUGCCUCUGUAAUAGUCAAUUGCAUGUACUGGGAGAAAAGAUUUCCCCGACUCCUCACUACUGAACAGUUCCAAGAUCUAAUGCAACAAGGUAGCCCGCUUGUUGGGGUUUGUGAUAUCACAUGUGAUAUCAGUGGUUCACUUGAAUUUAUUAAUCAAACCACUACAAUAGAGAAGCCUUUCUUCAGGUACAAUCCUUUCACAGAUUCAUAUCAUGAUGACAUGAAGGGAAUUGGUAUAAUUUGUCAAUCCGUGGAUAUUCUCCCAACAGAGUUUGCCAGAGAGGCAACCCAACACUUUGGAGAUGUUCUUUCCCAAUUUGUAGGUAGCUUAUCAUCCACGAAUGAUAUUUCAAGCCUACCUCCUCAUCUAAGAAGAGCUUGCAUAUCUCAUCAUGGAGUCCUUACCUCUUUGUAUGAGUAUAUUCCCCGGAUGAGAAAUUCUGAUUCACUUAACAUUUCACAAAAUAUUUCCUAUAAGCAGUUCGGCAAGAAGAAAUAUGCCACGAUGGUAUCGCUGACUGGACACUUGUUUGAUAAAUUUUUAAUAAAUGAAGCUUUGGAUGUUAUUGAAGCUGCUGGUGGAUCCUUUCAUUUGGUCAGAUGUGAAGUUGGUCAGAGUGUUGAUGCCAUGUCAUAUUCAGAGCUUGAAGUUUCUGCUGAUGACGGUGACCUACUUAACCAAAUCAUUGAUUCUCUUUCUUCUCUUGCCUGUAAAAGGCAUGAUAGUAGAGAAGUAAGAAGUAUCUUUUCACUGAAGGUUGGCAAGGUUGAUGCAAAUUCUGCUGUGAAAGAUCACACAGGAAAUAGGUCGGCAGUUCUUAUUCUUGGAGCUGGGCGUGUCUGUCAACCUGCUGCUGCUUUUCUCUCAUCAAGUGGAACUAGUGAAACAACUUGCGAUGUAUCGUUUGUUAGUGAAGUUGAGGGCCUAAGAAGGAUUCAUGUUAUUGUGGCAUCUGUCCAUCUAAGUGAUGCUCAAAAGGCUGUUGAAGACAUCCCAAAUGCAGAGGCAGCUGCUCUUGAUGUAAUGGACAAGGAAGAAUUAUAUAAGUAUAUCUCUAAGGUUGAAGUUGUGAUAAGCUUGCUUCCACCCAGUUUUCAUUUUGUUGUAGCAAAUGCAUGCAUUGAGCUGAAAAAGCACCUUGUGACUGCAAGCUACGUCAGUGAUUCCAUCUCACAGUUAGAUGGUGCAGCUAAAAGUGCAGGCAUCACUAUUCUAUGUGAGAUGGGUCUGGAUCCUGGAAUAGAUCAUAUGAUGGCAAUGAAGAUGAUUGAUGAAGCACACGCUACAGGAGGCAAAAUAAGUUCAUUUGUUUCAUAUUGUGGUGGUCUUCCUUCUCCUGCAGCAGCAAACAACCCAUUAGCAUAUAAAUUCAGUUGGAAUCCUGCUGGUGCCAUCAAGGCAGGAUGCAACCCAGCCAUUUUUAAGCGGCAAGGAGAAACUGUUAGUGUAAAAGGAGAUGAACUUUAUGACUUUGCUACCACAAUUCGUUUUCCGCAUCUUCCAGCAUUUGCUUUGGAAUAUAUCCCUAAUCGUGACUCCUUAGUCUAUGGUCGCUUAUAUGGUAUCAUUGAUGAAGCAUCAACUAUCUUGCGUGGGACACUUCGUUAUGAAGGAUUCAGCAAAAUAAUGAGCAGCCUGGCAAAAAUUGGUCUUUUUGACACUGAAACACAUCCACUACUGAAGGAAGAGCUGAAACCAACGUUCCAGGAGUUCCUUGGAUAUCUUUUGAAGUUUAGUAUGAAAGAAGACUUACAGAAGCCUGCAGACUCGGUUGUUUUGGCAUUGGAAGAGUCUCAAAUGGUUGAAAGACUGACUAUGCUUGGUCAUUGCAAAGAAAAAACUGAAGCAGAGAAAACGGUUAAAACAAUCAAGUUUUUGGGUUUGGAUGAGGCCUCUGAAAUUCCAAAAUCUUGCCAAAGCCCUUUUGAUGUAGUCUGCAUGCAGAUGGAAAAGCGGCUCACUUACACUGAAACAGAACAGGAUAUGGUACUUCUACACCAUGAAAUGGAAAUACAGUUUCCUGAUAGCCGCUCAUGCAAGACCCACCAAGCAACACUAUUGGAAUUGGGAAAAAUGGAAAAAGGAAAGAUGUCUGCUGCAAUGGCACGAACUGUGGGCAUUCCAGCUGCUAUUGGAGCUCUGCUCCUUCUUGAAGAGAAGAUCAAAACAAGGGGUGUCCUCAGACCUGUUGAACCAGAAGUUUAUAUUCCAGCUUUGGAUAUUUUAGGAGAAUUGGGCAUCAAGCUGAUAGAAAAGGUUGAACUCUCCUGAAUACAUACUUGAGUUUAGAUGUGCGGCAAUCAUUCAUUUGCAUCCUGCUGAAGACAUACAAAUAUAGUCAAGUGUUCUUCUGGUGAUUUUGUUGUUGACAAGCAAUUAUUUAAUGGAAAGUCUGUCGAGGGCCUCGUAUUGUAGUAUAUACCUCAAGCCUCGCAAUUUCCUGGACAAUUACAAAGUUUUUUGAAUUUCUCAUUUACUAUAUGUUACUUCUACGUUUUCAAAUUGUGGAUUUGAAUGUUUCGUGAGAUUUAUGAUUGUGUAACAAAAAAAAAAAAAAAAGUCCCUUCUUCAGGAGUA